UCGAGAACUAGGUGCUGUCUAAAUGUAAAAAUGAGAAAAAAAUGUGCGUUGCAUCCGACAAAUCCGAACUGAUAUUUGGUUCUUGUGCGAAUUCUGUCUGUUUUUAACAGACUUGUAGAAUCCUGCAGGUGUAAAGUAAGAAAUAUCCAAAAUGGGGGACGAAAUGUACAACAGGAAACUGGAGAGUCUCCAACAAUACAUUCCGUUUUUAGAUAAUAUGAUAGCGCAAUUGAAGGAUCCCAGUAAAAAGAACAGGGAACAACAACUUAAUAAGAUGCAGUCACUUCACGCCAUGAUAACUGACAAGAGGAAGAAAUUAAAACUAGAAACUCUGAUCAAAUGUGAGGAUGUUAUAUCAAAACUUUACGAAAAAGUGCACAACAAACCUAUCGGCCCAAGAAAAAUUGCUGACGAUUUUUUAUCCACACCUGCCAGUCCUAGUCCACCUAGAGAAAUAAUUGCUCCAGCACCCCUCACAAUUCCCACGGAAAGGCUGGAUGAAAACCGAAUCCCAAGAAUUGACAUAUAUAGUAGCGCUGGAGAGAGCCUCAGUAGACAAAGAGCGCAACAGAGUUUAACUUUAGGAACUAAGGUACCUGAUAUGUCCAAACCCCCUAUUAGUCUCGAUGAUUUAAAGACCUUGGAAGAAGACGUUCAGGAAAAAAUUAAUGAAGUUUCAUUAAAUAAAGCGUCACUACAUGAACUUAACUCUCUUAGAGAGAAACUUACCGAGCAAAUCCAGAUGGAGGAGGUUUUAUCGAGGUCUCCUCAAAAACAUAAGAAGGAUGAGUUGGAAUGUAUAAAUACAACAGUGAGGAAUAACCUCAAUUUAACGAAAAAGGUGAUACAGCCUCCUGAAAAGUCUAAAAGUAAAGAUAUUACUAAGUUUGUUCCUAACAAGCCGUUGGAACAUAAUUUCAGUAUGUCGUCGCCCAAAAAGGAGAUCAAAAAUCUUACACCGACGAUCAACAAAUCACCAAAGAUUUUAAAAGAACCGGCCAGCAUUUUCGGAAGUAUUUUGUCUAACAUUGACGAUCAAAUACUGGAAGGCAAAAAAAAGAAAGAAGAACGAAGGAGUUCCGUCACUGGUAAAGACGAGAAGAAACCUUGUGAUAAAGAUGCCAAAAAGAAAGACAGAAGAACAUCGAAAGACGAUACUAAUGAUGCGAAGAAAGACAAAGAUUUGAAAAAGAAAGACAGAAGUAGUAGCUCAACGGAGGAGAAGAACACAACCAAAGAAGAAAAGAAAUCUAAAGGGAUUAAGGAGUUGGAUACGAAGAAAAAAGAACAUCAUCAAAGCGGAGAAAAGAGUAAAUCGAAAAUCGAAAAGAAAGAGAGCGAUAAUAAAGAGGAAAACAAAAAUGAUAAAAAUCAACAGUCCAGUAAGGAUACAACUAAGAACACUUUUAUAUCACUUACCGGUAAAACGUCUUUUGAGGCGGAGGAAGAACGAUUGAAGAAAGAGUUGGAAUCUAAAAAUAGUACGACAUUAGUCGUGGAAUCUGAGGAAGAUAAGUCCAAAAACACGAUAGGGAAAAUAUCUGUUAAAAAAGAUCUGACUUUAGUAAAAGCUAAUGCCGUCGUCAAUAAGGAAGAAGAGCCUACUAAACAAACUACUGGAUAA